UGCUGGGCAAUCAGCUGUCAUACAGAGCGCGCACGUUUUUCGUUCAACAAAUCGUGUUUGACAAACAAAUGCAUAAAAAUGGAUGAAAAUAUAACAUUGAACGUAUGCAGUAGGCCAGUGCCAAAAGCGAAACAGGCGCUGCAACCGUCAAAGCCACAGAAGAAGCAAAAACGUGCUGGUGCCUCGUCGGGAUUCGACUUUCAAUUCAAUGUGGACAAGCCCAAAGUCAAGGCGCUCGUGGUGCGGCGUCGUGCGCCAGUUACCAAAAAGCAGCCAACUGCUGCCGCAGCCAGCGUCACCACCAGCGCCACAGCCACCGGCACCAACACACCCACAGCCAAGGCCAACGGCUUAGUUCUAGGCGCUGACAAGCCCCAGGAGGAUGCCGUCAAGAAACAGCCGAAAGAGACGAAUGAACAAGUUGAUAUAAUGUUAAAUGUGCACACAGCACCUGUCACUAGCAGCAUCAAGGAGAAAGAGGCGAAGAAGGCCCAUAAGGAGCCGCGUCCAGCGUCCAGAGAGCCGAUCUUCAAUGCCAGACAAGGCGCUGCCAUAGACAAGCAGCUACUGAGGACGGCUCUGAAGGGCAAGCAGCGCAAGGAGAAUCCCAACAAGCAGCCACGAGCUGGCGACCUGUUCAAGGCGCAGCUGGACGAGGAGCGCAGGUUGAAGCGCGCCGCAGAGGAGCAGUCCAAGGCGGUUGAAGACGCAGCAGAGAAGCCAGCGGCGCCACCUACACAGACGACCAACAAGUUCCGCACCAAGAAGAUUGGCCUCUUCGACCAGAGCGAUGUGGCGGCGCUCAAGCAGCUGGGUCAGCGCGCCGUCAAGCCCGUUCGGGAGACCAUUUUUAGCGGCACCAAGGUGGAGAGCUUGGGCCUGCAUCCGCACGCAGUGAAGAACCUUUCGGACCUGCUCAGCAUCAGCCAGCUGACGACAGUGCAGCAGAAGACCAUUCCCCAUGUGCUGGCCGGCAAGGAUGUGCUGGUGCGCUCGCAGACUGGCUCGGGCAAGACGCUGGCCUAUGCGCUGCCCCUGGUGGAGCGGCUGCAAUCGCAGCUGCCUCGCAUUAAACGCACCGACGGCGUCGUGGCGUUGGUCAUUGUGCCCACGCGCGAGCUAGCGCUGCAGACGUACGAGCUGUUCCAGAAGCUGGUCAAGCCAUUCACCUGGAUCGUGCCCGGCGCCCUGCUGGGCGGCGAGAGUCGCAAGAGUGAGAAGGCGCGGCUGCGCAAGGGCAUCAAUGUGCUGCUGGGCACCCCGGGUCGGCUGGUGGACCAUCUGCUGCACACGGCCUCCUUCAAGCUGUCCAAGCUGCAGUUCCUCGUGCUGGACGAGGCCGACCGCCUACUCGAGCUGGGCUACGAGCGCGAUGUGAAGCAGCUCGUGGAGGCCAUCGACAAGCAUCGCGCCGAGGAGCCACAGGAGCCGCCAGUGGCUCUGCAGCGUCUGCUACUCAGCGCCACGCUGACUGCCCAGGUGCAGCAGCUGGCUGGCCUAACGCUCAAGGAUCCGCUAUACAUCGACAACAGCGACGAGGCAGCCGAUGCUGCCCUCAAGGGUGCCAAUGGCUACGACAAGGACACCAUUGAAGCACAGCAGGAGGACGGCCUCGGCGAGUACAUGGAAGAUGUGACGGGCGUGCUCAGCAUACCGGAGAACCUGCAGCUCAGCUAUGUGGUGGUGCCGCCCAAGCUGCGCCUGGUCACCAUCUCGGCGCUGUUGGCCAAGGAGCUCGCCGCCAGUCCGAAGCAGUUCAAGGCCAUUGUCUUCAUGAGCACCACGGAAAUGGUGAACUUCCACCACGACGUGCUCAACGAGGCGCUCACGCGUCGCGUCCUCGACGAGGACGACGAGCAACAGGCCAAGGAGGAGUCGGACGAGGACGACGAAGACGAAACGCCUCUGCUCCAGGGACUCCGCUUCUUCAAACUCAAUGGCUCCAUGACGCAAACGGAGCGCCAGGGCGUCUUCCGUGGCUUCCGCGACUGCGCCAGCUGCGUCCUGCUGGCCACCGACGUUGUUGGCCGCGGCAUCGAUGUGCCCGACAUCAAGCUGGUGGUGCAGUACACGCCGCCGCAGACCACGGCGGACUUUGUGCAUCGCGUGGGUCGCACGGCGCGGGCAGGACGUCGGGGACGCGCCGUCCUAUUCCUGGCGCCCAGCGAGGCGCAGUACGUGCGGCACCUGGAGAACAAGCGCAUCCGCAUCCAGCAGGGCGACAUGUACAGCUAUUUGCAGGCACUGUUGCCGCGCGACCCGGAGGCGCGCACUGUCCAGGAGGCGGCGUCCAAUUUGCAGCACAAGUUUCAGUCGCUGCUCGAGGAGGAUCGCGAGCUGCACGACAAGUCCUGCAAGGGUGAGUUCGACCGUUCCUUCAGUUGCCAUGGCUAGCACAUACCCCACUCUGGGCUUCACCUCCGCCCCCUCCUCGCUGACCACUUAAAUGCAACUAGCAAUUUAAUCCUUUCACCAAAGGAUAUUAACUUUGUAAUUAUGAUUUCUUUUUUCCCAACACAAAUUUCGCCGCACUUCGGAGGGCUCGAAAAACAAAAAGUAAAA